UGAGCUGUGACUUACAUCUAAAACGAGUCUCUCUGGGGAGAGAGAGGAGGGGACCACUGCCUCUAAAAUGAGUCUCUCUGGGGAGAGAGAGGAGGAGACCACUGCCUCUAAAACGAGUCUCUCUGGGGAGAGAGAGGAGGAGACCACUGCCUCCAAAAUGACUCAAGACACCAGUUCUAAGAAUGUCCAGAAGCCCAGAGCAGAGUCACCUACAACCAGCCUGCUAUCAAUGAAGAGUGAUCAGCCACCUGUUUUCAGCCAGGAACCAUUACCAGAUGAAAAUAAGGAAGUGGAGAGUUUGGACAGUGAGGAUGCAUUAAAUAUCACAGACAGCCUUCUGGACAGAAGAAGUGAAACUCUGCUGACAGUCCAACAAGACAUUAAGGCUAAACUGAAACACAAGUAUCAACACAUAUCUGAAGGAAUUGGACACCAUGGAAACCAAAGUCUGUUCAAGGACAUCUACACAGAGCUCUACAUCACAGAGGGUGGAAGUGGAGGGCUCAAUAAUGAACAUGAGGUUAGACAGAUAGAGAUGGCAUCCAAGAAACAAACCACACAAGAGACACCAAUCAAAUGCAACGACAUCUUCAAGCCUUUACCUGGACAAGACAAACCUAUCAGAACUGUGCUGACAAAAGGAAUCGCUGGCAUUGGAAAAACAAUCUCUGUGCAGAAGGUGAUCCUUGACUGGGCAGAGGGAAAAGCAAAUCAGGACGUUCAUUUCAUGUUUCCUCUUCCUUUCCGUGAUCUGAACCUGAAAAGGGACCAAUACAGUCUGAUGCAACUUCUUUCCCACUACUUCUCAGAGCUGAAAGAGAUUGACAGCAUUGAAGAUGGUGAAACCAAAACUGUUUUCAUUUUUGAUGGUCUGGAUGAGUGUCGACUUCCUCUAGACUUCAAAAACAAUGAGAAGUGCUGUGAUGUCACGAAGCCAACCUCAGUGGACAUGCUGCUGACAAACCUCAUCGAGGGGAAUCUGCUUCCCUCUGCUCUCCUCUGGAUAACAUCAAGGCCUGCAGCAGCCAAUCAGAUCCCUCCUGAGUGUGUUGACCAGGUGACAGAGGUACGAGGGUUCAAUGAUCCACAGAAGGAGGAGUAUUUCAGGAAGAAAAUCACUGAUCAGAAUCUGGCCAAUGAAAUCAUCACCCACAUGAAGACAUCAAGGAGCCUCCACAUCAUGUGCCACAUGCCAGUCUUCUGUUGGAUAUCAGCCACUGUCCUUGAGAUGAUACUGAAAGAGGCAGAGAAGGAUGAAGUCCCCAAAACUCUGACCCAGAUGUACUCACACUUCAUACUCAUCCAAAUCACUGUGAAGAACAGGAAGUACAACAAAGCCACAGAGACCAACCCAAAGGAACUGUCUCAGUCAGACAAAGAGAUGAUCCUGAAACUGGCAAAGCUGGCUUUCCAACAGCUGCAGAAGGGCAACCUGAUCUACUAUGAGGAGGACCUGAGAGAGUGUGGCCUUGAUGUCACAGAGGCAUCAGAGUACUCAGCAUUGUGUACAGAGAUCUUUAAAGAAGAAUCUGGGCUGGACCAAGAGAAGGUCUACAGCUUUGUGCAUCUGAGCAUUCAGGAGUUUCUAGCAGCAGUGCAUGCUUUAGAAUCAUGUCUGGACAAGAAGGAAAAUGUUUUCUCCCCCAAAGCAGUCACUGGUGUUGAUGAUGAUGAGGAGGAGGAAGAUGAGGAGAAUGAUGAGGAGGAGGAGGAGAAGGAGGGGGAUGAGGAGGAGGAGGAGGAAGAUGAGGAGAAGAAUUAUGAGGAGGAGGAGAAGGAUGACGACGAUGAUGACGAUGAGGAAGAGGAUGAGGAAGAUGAUGACAAUGUUGAAGAGAAGGAGUCAUUCAAAUUGUCUGACUUACACAGGAGCGCAGUGGACCAGGCCUUGAAGAGUGAGAAUGGAAACCUGGACCUGUUCCUCCGCUUCCUUCUGGGUCUCUCACUGGAGUCCAAUCAGAAUCUGUUACGAUGCCUUCUAACACAGACAGGAAGUACAACACAGACCAAUGAGGAAACAGUUGAGUACCUUUCAGACAAGAUCGACGAGGAAUCCUCACCAGAAAGGAUCAUCAACUUGUUCCAUUGUCUGAAUGAACUUGGUGCCAACUCUCUAGUUGAAGACAUGCAGACCUCCCUGCGAUCAGGAACCCUUUCAGAAACAAGACUAGAACCUGACCAAUGUUCAGCCCUGGCCUACCUGUUACUGAUGUCAGAGGAGGUGCUGGAGGAGUUUGACCUGAAGACAUACAACACAUCAGAGGAAGGUUAUCAGAGGUUGCUGCCGGUCGUGAAAACCUGCAAGAGAGCACUACUGGAUCACUGUGAACUCACAUAUAAAUCCUGUGAGACUCUGGUCUCAGCCCUGCAGACACCAAACUCCCCCCUGAGAGAACUGGACCUCAGCUACAAUGACCUGGAAGACAGAGGAGUGGAGCUGCUCUGUGUUGGACUAACCAGUCCACUCUGCAACAUACAGACACUAGUACUGCAUGGCUGUAAAGUCACACAUGAAUCCUGUGAGACUCUGGCCUCAGCUCUGCAGACACCAAACUCCCCCCUGAGAGAACUGGACCUCAGCUACAAUGACCUGGAAGACCGAGGAGUGGAGCUGCUCUGUGUUGGACUAACCAGUCCACUCUGCAACAUACAGACACUAGUUCUAGGUCAGUGUGGUCUGACAGAGGGUUGCUGUUCAGAUCUGGCCUCAGUCCUGAGUUCACCCAACUCACAACUGAAACAACUGGAGCUGAGAGACAAUGACCUGCAGGACUCAGGAGUUACACUGCUGUCUGCUGGACUGGAGGAUCCAGACUAUAAACUACACACACUGGGGCUGUCUGGCUGUCUGGUCACAGAGGAGGGCUGUGCUGCUCUGUCUUCAGCUCUGAGGUCAAACCCCUCCCACCUGAAAGAGCUGGACCUGAGCUACAAUCACCCAGGAGACUCUGCAGGGGGACUGCUUUCAGCUGCUCUGGUGGAUCCCACAUAUAAACGGAUGAAGCUGAAUGUGGAUCAUGGUGGAGAGUGCAGGCUGAAAUCAGGGCUGAGGAAAUAUGCCUGUCAUCUCAACCUGGACCCAAAUACAGCACACCCACAGCUGGUACUGUCUGAGGGGAACAGGCAGGUGACACGGGUGGUGGAGAAGCAGCAUUAUGAAGACCAUCCUGACAGAUUUGACUUUCAUCCCCAAGUUCUCUGCAGAGAAGUCUUAUCUGGAGGUCGUUAUUACUGGGAGGUGGAGAGGGAUUGUGGCAUGGCUUACAUUGGUGUGGUGUACGAAGGACUGAAGAGGAAGGGAGGGAAGGUUGACAGUAGGAUUGGAGCCAAUAGGAAGUCCUGGUGUUUUUACUGCUCUGAUAGAGGUUAUUACUUUGACCAUGCUGGAGUCAGUAGGAGAUGCAUCUCUCGUCCUGAUUCUAACAGAGUUGGAGUGUAUCUGGACUGGCCAGCUGGUACUUUGUCCUUCUAUAGUGUGUCCUCCUCUGGUACACUGACACACCUUUACACAGAACACACCACAUUCACUGAACCCCUCUAUCCUGGGUUUAAGGUUUACUCCUCCUCAGUGACCCUGUGUCAGAUAGAUGACCAACACAUUCAGAGAGACCAUGAUGGAGAGAGUUGCAUCAAACCUGGACCUGAGGACACCAGAGACCACGGUGGAGAGUGUUGGAUCAAGUCUGGACCUGAGAAAUGGAUUCCUCAGAUCUGUAAGACUUGUGACCAUGUUGAGGACUCCACACACUGGCUUCAGAUUGAACCCUUGACUUCCACUGUCCAGGGAGUGACAAUGUUCAGACACAGGACACCCAAAGGGAGUUAUGAGUGCACAGUGUCUGGGCUCCGCUGGCUGUGUGAGAGAGAUGUCAUUCUGAAGUAUCACUUCAGGAACUGGGAUCCCUACAGUCAACUUCUGAAAGACAUGCAGUACACACAAGGUGGUCCAUUGCUGGACAUCACUAUGGAGUUAGGUGAACUGGAGGAAGUUCAUCUGCCACACUUUGUCUGUUUAGGGACCAACCCUUCCCUGAGGAAUGAGAUGAAGAUUCUUCAUGUAGAGGAACAUGGAGUGUCUUUAGAGGAAGUGCAUGAGGUCACCAGAUUCCAUGCUAAGAUUCUCCAUCCCAAGUUCUCACUUAUCUCUGUUAUACUGAGCUAUAUCUUUUCAUGGAACGUAGAUGUCCACUGUGAGCUGAUGCUCUAUCUGACAGUGAAAAGGGAAACACUAAUUUCUCGCCUAUACCUGUUCCCCUGGAACCCCGGCCAGAUACAGGCUGUGGAACAACAGGAAAAGUCUCAAGGGUCUUCAAGGAUUCUCAUCUCAAGACCAGAGCAGUCCUUCAAACUGAAUAGUUCCAUCAGACUGAACAUUCCCUGUUCUACCUCCAUCAAUCCACAGAAGAUUCAUUUCAUACAAAGAGACACCACACCAAGCUUUUUCAGGGCGGUUGUGAAAAUGACAGGGAUUGACAUUGAGAUGGAGUUAUUCAGUGAUGAUGAGAGGACAGUAUGGAAAGAAAAAGUAUCACAAGAUGAAUACAUCACUGACACCCGUUCAACAAGUGCUGUGUCGGGGGCAGGGCGUCCGGCUGAGAGCAGUCUGACUGGUUCUGCAGAGCAGCAGCUGCGUUCUGUACGGACAAAGUUUGUGAAACGAGUGUCAAAAGCUGUCCUGAAUGGACUGCUGGACGGACUCCUGCAACACACAGUCAUCAACCAGGAGGAAAUGGAGUCAGUGAAGGUGAUCGCUGAGAGGGCAGAGAAGGCACGUGACAUCAUCGACAUGGUGUUGAGAAAAGGAACGGAGUCGUGUUCCAGGAUGAUCAACCUUCUUGGGGAGCUGGACCACUGUCUUUGUUCACAGCUUCAGAUCAACAGUGUUGGGGUACCAACCUAAUGGUAGAAUGGAUAGUAACAGCGUUGGGGUACCAUCCUAAUGGUAGAAUGGAUAGUAACAGUGUUGGGGU